GGGUCUGUGUAGAACCUCAGUUGGUCUUUAGAUGGAAUGACUGAUGCCCAGGUUGACAUGGAGACCGCCUUGCAGCACAGCAACAUCAGUACCGUGGUACUUUACGCCAGUGGAGCACUGAGCCGAGCGGGUCACACAGCAGCGGCAGUGGUGCUGGGCCUCAUCCUGUUUCUGGGCUUCCUUUCCAACUUCCUGGUGCUAGCGGUGUUUGCACGCUUCCCGGCGCUGCGCACGCCAUCCAACCUGUUGCUGGUCAAUAUCAGCACCAGCGACAUGCUCGUCUGCGUCUUCGGGACGCCACUGAGUUUGGCGGCCAGCGUGCGAGGACAGUGGCUGAGCGGGUCGGCCGGGUGCCGCUGGUACGCUUUCUCCAACGCUCUUUUUGGUGAGUCUUCUGUUUGCAUCAUGUGGAAACAUGCUGGUUGUCAUGGCAACAGGAUGCUACUCCCCCCAGGCAUGGUGUCUCUUGUCUCUCUCUCUCUGUUGUCCUUGGAGCGGUACUGGGUGACACGCCGCAGCACUCGCCCAGGGUCCUCUCGCUACCGCAGGGCCCGGCUCGCUGUGACAGCUUCGUGGUUCUACUCGCUGGCGUGGACGGUGCCGCCACUUUUGGGCUGGAGCAGCUACGGGCCGGAGGGUGCCGGCACCACGUGCUCCGUCCAGUGGGGCGACCGCUCGGGCCGGGCCCGCUCCUACGUGCUGUGUUUGCUUGUGUUCUGUCUUCUGCUGCCGUUGGGCCUUAUGAUAUUCUGCUACGGUUCCAUCCUGGUGGCCGUACGGGCGCUGGACACACGGGUUACCACGACCGGCCCAUACUCGGCCGAACGGAGGGAGGGACGUGUGCUUCUGCUGGUAGUUGCCAUGGUGACGGCCUACUUGCUGUGCUGGACACCUUACGCCGUGGUGGCAAUGCUCUCGUCAUUUGGACGUGUUCAAGCCGUGCCGCCUGCAGCUGCUUUGAUCCCGUCGCUGCUGGCGAAGAGCAGCACGGUGCUGAAUCCACUUGUUUACGUCACGCUCAACCAUCAGUUCUCCAGGUGCUUCUGGUACAUGAUUGGAUGCAGCUCAGAGGCCCCGCCCCCUGCAAACCACCAGAGCUCUCCCGUUAGUGAGGAUGCUGCGCCUCCAGCUGCCUGCUCGACCACACAAUGACGACGUCAUCUGCUGGUGGAGAUGAAAGGUCAUUUCACAUUUUAGGAAUGAUCGACAGUAACCAGAGAGGAGAUCUGCAGUCGUAACAGCAGUUUAAUGAAGUUGACAUUCUUUAUGCUAGGAUGACAUGCCAGUGUGCACCACUAGAGGGCGCCUGCUGAGGACCACCAAAAUAAUUUAUUAAGAAAAUAGUCAAACAUCUUAAAAGUCCUAAACUCAACUUUCACAUUCUUGGUGAGGUGACAGCGGAGAGGGGCGGGGUCACAUGAUGUCACAACCUGGUCCAUAGUGGCAUUCUGUCCAGACGCUGACGACCACAACAAAAUGUAAAACAUGGCGGUGAGGCAUUUAUAGCUCUGGACAGGAAGUCUGCCUUUAAGGUGCAUCAAAAAAAAAACCAAAGCGUUUUUGUCCUCCUAAGCAGGUCGAGGAGGUUCUGUUACUUUCCAAGUCUGAGGAGAGAUGGUAAAGAGGGUGAGUGCCUCGCUAUAACUACUUCCUGUGAGGCAGUGAGGAGGACAAAGUACUCACCUGUGAGCGACUGGACAGCGAUGGCGACCUCAUGUAGUCAGGCGGGUUGGCAUGCGGGUCGUAGCCGAGGCGGGCCAGCAUGGGGGCAAUCUCAGCCAUGUGAUCCACCACCUCAUCUGGGAUGUGACCCACCCACUUGACCAGGGCAUCUGUGUUGACCGGCUUCACCACCUGGUCUGUGGAGCGCUCCACUCUGCCCCAGGUCACAACAAGGUUAACAGAAGGGUUUCUCUGUGUGUCUUGCACUUCUGUGCUUACACUUAGUCUACACAAGAAUUCUCCUGUUUUUUUUUUCCCCGGGUUGAAAAAAACCCAUUACGUACACAGUUUCGGAUCAAUAAAUAGUCACUUCCACUCGGGAACAUUUUCAGGUUGGCUCACUGGGUGAAAACAAUGUAAUACAUAAGGCACACAUAAAGUACAUAAAGUCUGUCGUCUUCUGCUUGACCAGAACUUGUCUAGACUGAUGACAAAGUGGAAUUACUUCUGCGGGUCAUUUUGGAGCAACACAAAAAAAAACAGGAGAAUGUCGACUGGGAGUUAUGACAGUUGAAAUAUUCAGAUCUUAUGUUGGCUUGUCGGCUGCGAUCACUUCUGAUCAUGUGACCAUGGCGGGGCAGUGAAGUCAUAGAUUUCAGAACGUACCGGUUAGCUUGUCUACACAGCAACGUCAAGCCGGCGUUAUUAGAUUUCCCCACUCUUUAAGUCGUUUUCCAAAAAUACCGUUUCAGGGCGCCCAGUACAACAUUGCCGUGUGCUUGAAAGGCUUAAAUGAUAAAAUACUUUGCCGUUUCAACCUGAAAACGUUCCUGUAUGGACAGCCCCUUAGUCUUUUGAGUGCAUAAGUUUCUUCACACUGAGAAGUACGUCAAAAUGCAGUGCACUGUAAGUACCAGAACGCUGCACUCAAAACGGUCAAAAUGUUGAGUGAGCAGUGCACCCUCAAUGGUGGCCAUCUUCACUAUGUACUGUAGUGAAAGGGAGACACUAACUGGAAUGUUGCAAUUCACCAUUGAGAAGGAGUGAAGAAAAAGAAUCGGGUAAAUAUAGCGAUUGUCAUUACUACUAAGUGUGAGAGUAAUAGACUUGGGCCAGCACUACAGUGUCAAAAUUUGUGCACUCAGGAACUAAGUACAUAGUGUACACAGUAUACCUAUUGAAGUGUAGUGACAGAAGUAUUCAAUUUGAGACACAGUAGAGGUCUUUGACCUAAGACCUGGACACGUCAAGGUGUUCCACACUCACUUGGACAGAGACACGCCUCCAGCCUUGCCAAUCAAUUCUUCGUGAUGCAAGACCGCUGGGUCCCACUGGAGUUCCAGGAAGUGCAGCAGCUUCCUCAUCUCCUGCUCGGGGUGGAGGACCAGGUGCUCGUAGCGCACGGGCAGACAUCGGUCCUCGCCGGCCGCCACGCACUGAUUGAACAUGGUCUCCACCGCGCCGCUCCACUUGCUCAGACAGUCUCGGUGGUUGUUGAGGUCGAAGCCCGAGAUGGUGACCUGAGGAUGAGACAGACAUGUCGUCAGUGUGGAUGAAGGAAGACACAUCAUGUCACCAUAGCAACACGGAUGAGGCUCAGACACCAUGGUCGCACCUUACGAGAGAUGACCGAGUGGAUGGAGGCUCGUCCGUCUCGCACCAUCAAAACAAACUUGCUCUUAGGGAAGAUGUGGGCCAAGUAAGUCAGAGACUUCAAGGCAAAUGGAUCCUUGUUGCAGAGACGAGGAGCAGGUUCUCCGUGACCCACGAUCACCUGCAACAACAUCACUGUGAUGUCAGAUGUGGAUACUUCCGGGACAUUGUACGUGUGAUGAUGUCACCUCUAACAGGAAGGCGCGUACAGCCGAGUCCAGAACCUGGUCGGUGACGCCGGCCUCGUCCAGCCGGAUGCGCUCCUUGACAGAGCGGCUCCAGGAGGCGCGCAUGGUGAGAAGGCGUGGAAUGACGCGGGUCUCCUCGCCGCAGCGCACAGCAUUGUGGGCGUCCAGCAUUACCCUCAUGAGGGUGGUGCCGCUGCGGGGAAAGCCACCGAUGAAGAUGAGGGGCGUGUCCUCUGGGAGGUGCUCCAUUAGCGAGGUGUUGUGGUUGGCCGAGGCUCUGUGAAGCUCCGCCCAGCGCAAGCGGUGGCUUUUGGGGGGGCAGUCGAGGCCGCUGAGACCCAGGUAGAGCAAUGAGGCAGAGCAAAGGAGGACGGAGCCCAGGAGGAUGUUAGACCUGCUCACUCUCAUUUUUGCAGGUCAACGGGCUCACUCGGUAAGGCCUGAUGUCCAGAAGGCGCCGGGACACUCAGGGGUGGGUCGAGGUGGGCCCCGCCACGCUCAUCGGCCAGGUCGAGUACAUCUCGUCCACCUGAAACAACAGAAACACAUCAUGUGACCACCGGUGUGGACCAAGCUCUCUUUAAAAGCUCUUCAGAACCCUCGCUUCAGUGCUCGUCAGCUUGCUCAGGGAAUUGGAUCAGAUCAGAGUUCAUAACACCCUUGCAAGGCGCCGCCACCAAUUAAACGUCUCUGGUGUUUUCACUCUCAUUGACAGUUUGAGCCCAGCAAGCAGCUCACGUUACUAUCGACCCAACAGAACCACACACUUCCUCAUUCCUGCCCCGCUAAGUGCUGACUGGCACUUUCCUCGGGUUGGAUCCAUUUCCUCUUUUUCCCAACUUUGUUGUUUGGACUGGGAAGGUUCAUUAGCGCUAACUCCUCUGAACUACCUUGUGGUUCUGGUACUGAUUCGGCAUGGGGGGGUGACCAGGAAACGCGUGCACGCUGACAAAUGGGCUUGUAUAUUCUCAGAGAAAACCGUUCUGAUCCAUAGACCGCGGACCGGGCCUCCUCAUCACAACGCACACAUAUCAACAAGUCCACUGUGAUACACAAACAUCGCGUGAAGGGCCAGCAACAUCUGGCGGGCUGUGAGCCAUGUCGGCACCGAGUCAUCAGGUGAACGAGAGACGACACAACACUGGCUAGCUAGCCGCAAACAGGCGUCGUGAAAACAUCGGAACCGUUCAAAUGGACUUGACUCACCCCCUACUGAAAAAUGUGGAGGAAAAAAAAUGGAAGAACAGAACCGUUCGGAACCUCUCAGCUUCUCUGCUGCAGCGAGUAUACCAGUGGAAAUUUAUGCGCCAUUGAGUCACGAAGAUGCCCCGCAACAAAGCAGGGAAGAGCCACUGGUUAUUGUGGAACUUUAGACCAGUAGGCUCAGGUCCAGUUCACUAUGGAGGACGAAAAAACACAAGAAAAGACCAACGCAGCGGGGAGAGCUAAGCGCUGAUUGGUCGAGCACAUCUGCAUGGAGCUUUCCUAUUGGUGGAGCGUAUUCCGUCAUAAUACAUAUUUCUUUCGACUUCCGCGCUGGAUAUAAAAAUUAUUUUACCUCAUCGAUUAUGUUCACUGAAAACCCCCAUGGGAGCCAAGACCAUCCAAUGUCAUGCACUUUCCACUUUACUGUUACAACCUUAGCCUUUUAAUGAGCUUUGCAGAGCAACAAGGUAGCACUGAGCUGAGAUGAAUCAUGCUAAAUAAUACAUGCCAAUAAAUAAUAAAUGAUUGAUUUUACUAGCAGAUGGCCACACAGGAUGUGGUGCAAAUAAUGGAUAGAUAAUGGCUGCGUCGUUUUUCUGCCAUUGACUGGCUUGAUAUGGCCUGUUGAUUGAUUUGUGUGUUAGCCAACACAUUAGCUGUUACUGUGAACUGAGUACAGUACAUUUGUUCUGUGCAACAUUUUUAAAUACAUAUACAAUGACAUGAAGUUAAUGGCUAAAAUUUUUUAUUCAAUGUUGCCGAUUGUCACUUCUUGUUCUGGGAAUAAAUCCUGCAACCUUCACAUUGCCUCACAGUAGUGUGUGUGAAAACAGGAAAAUGAUGCAACAAACAGGAAGUCCAGCCAAUUGUUCUGUGAUGUGACAUCAUCCACACAUCGGUGCACGUGUGACUAGCUUGUGCAUCUAGUCCAUUAAAACGAUAAUGCUUAGAACAUACACUCCUCACACAAUUUUAAGAUAUUUUUUUUAAGUUACAUUUUUGUUUUGCCAUUUGGGUUUUUCCAAACUUCCCACAGAGGGCCACAUACGGAAGAUUCAAAGUUAGCGGGGCCAUUUUGAUAUUUUUUAUUUUGUAAACCAACCCAUGUUACAAUUCUCAGACGUUAUAUACAGUUUAAGAAAAAAAUGGCUGCGCUUUGCACCCCCCUCAGCGAAUUGUUGCUUUCCUUUGUGAUACAUUCAAAGACCAUCUGGCUGAAGUAAUAAAAAUAAAACAUUGCACAUUGUGGUGGCUCUAGUCAAAUGUUUGCUCAUCCAUUCUGCAAUGUUGAUACAGCCUCCUCUAAACAGACCAUUUAGCGUCCUUAACAGCACCGCUAUCAUGCAUCUUCACGUUGGUCACAUUCAGCAGCAAUACAAAAUUGUCACAAGAGGCUUUAAAGUUCUCCUCUGGUGGUCCUCAAGGAACCUCUGUAUCAGCAGGAGCAGCGUCUUCCUGCUCAGGAUUGCCAGGUAAAAGUUCUGAAAUGGUCUGGAUGAGGUUGUCAAUCUGCUCCUCUGACAGGCGCUCCUCGCUCUCCUCCACCAUCUGAGCAGAA